AUGCUUCAAAACCAGCUUGUGCUCGACGUUUCGCAAUGCGAAAAACGAGCUGAGCUAUAUAACGCCCAUUUCACGCAGAAACAAUUAGCCAGCAUUGCGAGGAUUGACAUGGAGAAAAACGGGAACGAAAACCUGGAAGCGUUGGCACUGGUUGCGCUAGAAAGUGAGCUUCCGCUGGCAUAUACUUUCGUGUAUAGACCCGUUUUUCUCGACUUGGUGGGCAGAUGGGCGGUUUCGAGCGACAAGAACCGCAGCAGCCAGGUGGCAGACGUAAUGGGACAAGUUGUGGGCGUAUACCCAGAGACCGUCACGCUGUGCGACUACUUUCUCGAGAACAAUCAUCAGCACCUCAAUUUGAUACUAGAGAUGUCAGGCUCACAACCCGAAUCUGCACUCCACGCAAUCCUAAUGGCGUACUAUCGGUUCUUGCACUACGAUCGAGACCGGUUUGCGCGGUUUGUAUCACCCACUGCGCUGUACAAGAUUCUUCAAGGCGUUUUCGCAAACGGCGCCAUCAAAUUACUUGCAGUUCAGGUGCUGUCUAUGUAUUUGAACAUGGCCGAACAGGCCACCCUAAAUUUGAGUCAUAAAUAUACAAAAGACCUGAACGGUGUUUGUGCGACCUACGACGGGGAUUCCGAGGUUGAUUACGGGUUCUUGGAGCUUAAUGAGGCCCAAAGAUUGUCAAAAUAUCACACGCUUUUGAAGACGUCCGGGGAUUCCCAAUUUGAUGGCGAAAAUUUGCGGUCUAAAGACAACUUAGUGAUAAACCCACAAGAUUUGAGCCCUCUGAUCGUGGUUAUUUACGGAGUUCUUGUGCCUAGAAUAAGAAUGAACUCCAAACCUCAAGUCAUAAGCGGCAAACAAGAAUUUGUCCCCACAAAAGAAGCGCUUUCAUCAAUGCGUGCACUGAGCAAGUGCAUACAACUAUCGAAACCCGUUAUGCUCAUCGGGAAAGCCGGGUCCGGUAAGACAUUUCUCAUCGAUCAACUCAGCAAAUACACAGGUGCCAAUGACUCCAUGGUCAAAAUUCACUUAGGUGAGCAAACAGAUGCUAAACUUUUACUUGGUACGUACACCUCCGGUGAAAAACCAGGAACUUUCGAAUGGAGAGCAGGUGUACUGACGACUGCUGUCAAGCAGGGACGAUGGGUCCUAAUAGAGGACAUCGAUAAGGCGCCCACAGAGGUAAUAUCGGUCCUUCUAACCUUACUAGAACAACGGCAGCUGAGCAUACCGUCGAGAGGCGAAACUAUUAAGGCCGCCAAUGGCUUUCAGUUAAUUUCAACAAUAAGAAUACCCGAUAACGAUCACAAGGAUGAAAUGCAUUAUAAGCCAGACUUGAUUGGUAUUCGUCUAUGGGGUACUGUUAAUCUGAAAGAUCCGAGCGAUCAAGAGCUUGCCGAUAUUUUGCGUCACAAGUAUCCAUCAUUGUCAAAUCUGGUGGCUCGAUUUAUUGCAACUUUCAACUCGGUGCGAAACAUAUAUUCCAAUUCACAGUUUAUUUCUUUAAACAGGGGAGUUCACCCCAGAGUUGUAACGGUGCGGGACUUGGUUAAAUUUUGCAGCAGAGUCGAAACGAUUUUCCAGAAAAAUAGCAUUCAGAGUUCUGAGCAACUCAUUCCUUCUCACGUUUACGAUAGCAUUUUCUUUGAAGCGGCUGAUUGCUUUGCAUGUGCAAUCGGUGAAUUUAGAGCUCUGAAACCUCUGAUCGAGGCUAUUGGGGUUACUCUAGAGAUUCCAGCGUCACGCGUAAACCUUUACAUUUCGAAGCAUGUACCCGCGUUUGAAGAAGACAGCUCUUCUCUAACAAUUGGUCGAGCUACGCUCGCCAAAAACCAUGUUAAACUUUUAAGAAAAUCAGCUAAUGAUACUUCAUUUGCUCGUACAAACCACUCGUUAAGACUAAUGGAACAAAUAGGUGCUUCAAUUCAAAUGUGCGAACCCGUUCUUCUUGUUGGUGAAACAGGUACUGGUAAAACGACAGUUGUCCAACAAAUCGCAAAAGCUGUGAAUCAAAAAUUAACAGUCAUCAACGUGUCUCAACAAACGGAAAGUGGUGACCUGCUUGGUGGUUUUAAACCUGUUAACACUAAAACUAUUGCGAUUCCAUUAUUAGAAGACUUCGAGAGCUUAUUCCCGGCUACCUUCUCUAUGAAAAAGAACGAGCGUUUCUAUACUAUGUUGCACAAAUGCUUCAACAAAAAUCAGUGGAAAAACGUCGUCAAGCUAUUAAAUGAAGCCUUCAAGUUGGCGAAAAAUCUACUCAACGAAGAACAAAAAAGCGGAGAUGAUGAUAAUCAAAAGAAGAAGAGAAAGCUUGCCUCUCACCAAAGGAAGAGUCUAAUGGAUCGAUGGGUCGAAUUUCAUCAAAAUGUAGCGAAUUUUGAGGCCCAGUAUUCGUCCAUCGAAAAUUCUUUUGUUUUCAAUUUUGUCGAAGGUUCAUUAGUCAAGGCUGUUAGAAAUGGCGAGUGGUUACUUUUGGAUGAAGUUAACCUAGCUUCGUCGGACACCCUGGAGAGCAUAUCCGACUUGCUAUCAGAGCCAUCGUCUCGUAGUGUGCUUCUCUCGGAAAAAGGUCAAGCCGAGCCAGUUAAGGCUCAUCCUAACUUUAGAAUUUUUGCCUGUAUGAAUCCAGCUACGGAUGUGGGUAAAAGGGACUUGCCCGCUGGUGUUCGGUCAAGGUUUACUGAAAUAUAUGUGCAUUCACCCGAUCGUGACAUUACAGAUCUUCUUUCCAUCAUUGACAAAUACAUUGGCGUUUACAGUGUAAGCGACGAAUGGGUUGGUAACGAUGUUGCGGAGCUAUACCUUGAAGCCAAAAGACUUGCUGAGGGUAAUAAGGUCGUCGAUGGGUCUAACCAAAAGCCUCACUUUAGCAUCCGUACAUUAACGCGUACUCUCAUGUAUGUUCGGGAUAUCGUCAAAAUAUAUGGUUUACGGAGAUCUUUGUAUGAAGGUUUUUGCAUGUCAUUUCUCACCUUGUUGAACGAAAAGUCGGAAGGCCUUCUAAGACCAUUGAUUGAAAAAUUCACUCUUGGAAGAUUGAAGAAUCCCAAGUCGGUGGUUUCCCAAUCACCAGCUUGCCCCGGCCCCGAGUAUGUUCAGUUCAAGCACUACUGGAUGAAAAAAGGCCUCUAUGACAUCCAAGAGCAGCCGAAUUAUAUCAUAACGCCAUUUGUCGAGAAGAAUAUGCUUAACCUCGUGAGAGCAACUUCAGGACGAAGGUUUCCUGUUUUGAUUCAAGGUCCUACAUCUGCAGGUAAGACCAGUAUGAUCAAAUACCUCGCUGAUAUCACUGGACACAAAUUUGUUCGUAUUAACAAUCACGAACAUACCGACCUACAAGAGUAUCUGGGAACGUAUAUGGCAGACGACACUGGAAAACUUUCAUUCCGUGAAGGUGUCCUAGUAGAUGCUCUACGGAAAGGUCACUGGAUUGUUUUAGACGAACUUAAUCUGGCGCCUACCGAUGUAUUGGAGGCAUUAAACAGAUUACUGGAUGACAACCGGGAGCUUUUUAUCCCUGAAACACAGGAGGUCAUCCAUCCACACCCUGACUUCAUGCUUUUUGCAACGCAGAAUCCACCAGGAAUAUACGGUGGGCGGAAGAUCUUAUCGCGAGCUUUUCGCAACCGUUUUCUUGAGCUGCACUUUGAUGACAUUCCUCAAGAUGAGCUCGAAGUGAUUCUCAGGGAAAGGUGUAAGAUUGCUCCUUCGUAUGCUCUAAAAAUAGUGGAAGUUUACCGCCAGCUAUCUCUACAGCGCUCUGCAAUGAGGCUUUUUGAGCAAAAGAAUAGUUUUGCUACUUUACGUGACCUAUUCCGGUGGGCACUGAGAGAUGCUGUUGGCUAUGAAAAUUUGGCUGCAAAUGGGUACAUGCUGUUGGCAGAGAGGUGCAGAAAUCAGGAGGAAAGAGAAGUCGUAAAGGCUAUCAUUGAGAAAGUCAUGAAAGUCAAGUUGGAUAUGAACGCCUACUAUGAGAGUCUUGAGAAUAUGGAGUUGCAAUCGAUGCCAAGUUCAAUUGUAUGGACUAAAGCUAUGCGCAAACUCGCAGUUUUAGUUUCCACUUGUCUCAAAAACAACGAACCUGUCCUCCUAGUAGGCGAAACAGGCUGCGGUAAAACAACAAUUUGCCAACUUAUUGCACGUUAUGUUGGUCGACAGUUGAUAACCGUUAAUGCUCAUCAAAAUACCGAGACAGGUGACAUUCUUGGUGCUCAGCGCCCUAACAGACAUCGCUCCGACUUGCAAGGAGAACUUACUGAGAUUCUCACCGCUGUCUUGAAUCUUGAAGGCAGCGACCGGACGCUUGAAGAACUUUUUAACCUUUUCGAGAUGAUGGACAAAUCUUUGGUGCCUCCAGCGGAUAUUGAGCGGAUUAAGAAGCUUAAAGACAAUCUAAACAUUCUAUUUGAAUGGUGUGAUGGCCCCUUAGUUCAAGCUCUAAACGGUGGUGAAUUUUUUCUCCUCGAUGAAAUAUCCUUGGCCGAUGAUUCUGUUUUGGAAAGACUCAAUAGUGUUCUAGAGCCUGAAAGAAGCCUGCUUCUUGCUGAGAAAGGCGGCUCUGAUAGCCUGAUCGAGGCCUCAGACGGAUUCCAGUUUUUUGCAACAAUGAAUCCAGGUGGGGAUUACGGCAAAAAGGAGCUGUCUCCUGCUCUGAGAAAUAGAUUCACUGAAAUUUGGGUGCCAUCAAUGGAAGAUUUUGAAGAUGUACAACUUAUUGUAUCCUCUAAAGUUAGGCCGGAGCUUUCUUCAUUAGCUGCCCCAAUAGUCAAGUUUUCCAAAUAUUUUGGUGAGAAGUUCGGUGGUGGGACUGCCAGUAAUGGUGUCAUAUCGCUGCGUGAUAUUUUGAGCUGGGUUGAGUUUGUGAAUUUGUCUGCGGAGAAAUUACAAAAUCACCAUGCCUCGCUAGUACAAGGUGCUGCCAUGGUCUUUAUUGAUACACUUGGUACGAACAAUACUGCGUACCUGGCGGAUAGUGCCGAGACGCUUAAAGCACAGAAGCUUGACUGCGUGAAAGUUCUAGGUGACUUGACUGGAUAUGAUCUCCAUCAAUAUUAUCAACAAGACAUCUCGCUAGCAAUAAAUGAAGCAUCUGUUGCGGUGGGAAUGUUUACCUUAGAGCGGACUUCUCUCGCGUCAACUCCACAGUUUAAUCUUAAUGCCCCUACCACUUUGAACAAUCUCAUGAGAGUUGCCAGAGCAAUGCAAGUGCGGAAACCCAUUUUGCUCGAGGGAAGCCCCGGUGUUGGUAAGACCAGUUUGAUAUCGGCAUUGUCUGACUGCACUGGUAAUAAAUUGACGCGUAUCAAUUUAUCCGAGCAGACGGAUUUGAUCGAUCUCUUUGGAUCUGAUGCUCCUGGAGAAAGAACUGGUGAGUUUGUAUGGCGCGACGCUCCAUUUUUAAGAGCAAUGCAAUUAGGUGAAUGGGUAUUGUUAGAUGAAAUGAACCUUGCUUCCCAGUCUGUUUUGGAAGGUUUGAACGCUUGUCUGGAUCACAGAGGAGAGGCCUACGUACCGGAGCUGGACAAAUCUUUCACGAAGCACCCUAACUUUAUGGUUUUUGCUGCGCAAAAUCCUCAGCAUCAAGGUGGUGGAAGAAAAGGCCUUCCAAAGUCCUUUGUCAACCGUUUCAGUGUUGUUUACAUCGACGUAUUGAAUCCACAAGAUCUUUUCUUGAUUGCCACUCACCUCUUCCCUGGAGUUGACACAAAGGCUUGCUCCCAACUGAUUGAAAUCAUUUCCACUCUAGAGAAAGAGGUUUCCGUUUUAAAGUUAUGGGGCCAUGCUGGGUCGCCUUGGGAGUUCAAUUUGAGAGAUACUUUAAGAUGGCUGAAACUUUUGGUUUCUCCUUCUUUUGUAUCGGAUAGAGCAGCAGUCGAUUACUUGGAUAUGAUAUUGAUGCAGAGGUUCCGGACUGAUGAGGAUCGUUCUAAAGUCAAAGAAGUGUUCGAGCGCUUUUUUGGAACAUUCAGAAGGCGUCAAAACUACUUUCAAUCUACACCAGGCUAUUUGCAAGUUAAUGGAGAAAUUAUCGCAAGAGAUGUAUUUGUAAAGCACACACCGCUGAAGGGUCUCAUGCCAUUACAAUGUAACACUCACAUCUAUGAAUCGGUAGUAAGAUGCGUUAAUCUAAAUUGGCCUCUCGUUCUUUGUGGACCUACCAAUUCCGGAAAGACUGAAAUUAUCAGGUAUGUUUCUGGAAUGCUAGGUACGAAAGUCGUCAGCUUUCCAAUGAAUAGCGAUGUUGAUAGUAUGGACAUUUUGGGUGGCUAUGAACAGGUCGAUUUGAAUCGUAAAGUAGCGCAAGCUGUUGGAAGGCUGACUACAAUCCUGAGACAGUUAAUAGCAAUGAACAUCUCGUCUGAAGAAUCUGAGAGUGAUGCCAAGGUUGCCGCUUUGGAGCUCUUCCUCUACAUUUCAAAUCAGACUGUGGAUAUUUCAAAUCUUGAACACUUAUUAGGCCUUAUCAACAACGUGAAAGACUUUGUGGAUAAUCCAGAUAUAUCAUCAGUGUCCAGCGAGCUUCAAGGUAUAUUGGACAAAAGGAGCAAUGAAGCAUCUGUUACCUUUGAGUGGUUUGACGGACUUCUUCUUAAAGCAAUGGAGGAAGGUUCGUGGUUGGUGUUGGAGAAUGCAAAUCUGUGCUCUCCUUCCGUUUUGGAUAGACUAAACUCGCUUUUGGAAACAGACGGAACGUUGAUAAUCAACGAGUGCAGCCAUGAGGAUGGUCAACCUCGCGUAAUGAAUCCUAACCCUAACUUUAGACUUUUUUUGACCGUAGAUCCAAAAUACGGUGAGUUAUCAAGAGCUAUGCGGAAUAGGAGUAUAGAGGUUUACGUUGACAAGUUGACUGACAGAGCUACAUCUUUUGACAGAGCAAUUUUAGAAUACGAAUUACCUCUGGGAUCCAUCGAAUAUGACAAGACAACUACCGCUAUCAGCGCUGAGGCUCAUUCAUACGCAUCUCUCUCGCACUUCGUUUCCGCGGACAAAUCCAUCACCUUGCAAUACGCUAAUUUGCAUGAUAUAUGUUCAGCUGCAGAAUCAAACGUCCUCGAAUCGGUCGUUUCAAUUUUACCAACGUCGGCGUUCCCCAACUUAAGGAACUGGGGGCAAAAUAUCAUGAAAUCAAGGUACUUUAACGAUAAAAAUACCGUUGAGAAAUUUGUUUCUCUCGCCGAGUACUUGCAAGAAUCUGGUGUCUUUCACAAACUUUCUGAACUAUCAAGUGAGUACGAAGGGCUAGUUCCCGGUUUAUUACAUGAUUGCAAAAGCUUUGCCCAAAACCAACCAUUGAUACCAUCGCUUAACCCAUACGCGUCGCGAGGUCUGUCAUUAAAGCACCAAACUAUAACUUCCUCCGAACCUGCGUAUUUAUUUGAGAUUAUCAGAUUACUUCACAGUUUUGUUAACGAACUAGACUCUGUAUCAAGAAGAGCGCAGCACGUGAAGCUUGGGGAUCUCAACUACUUGGAACUAUGCGCAGCUCAUGAUCAGGGUAGAAUGAUCAAAAAAACUCCCCAAAUUCCCAUCUUCGAAGUCCUCACGCUUUUGAGCAACCAUAUCUUGAAAUCGGUGCGAUCAGCAAAGUUGUUCUCGAUCCCAGAUUUUUACAAAAGUUAUUUCGACUUGUGUUCUCUGUGGAUUGCUGCCUUUGAGACGUCUAAAACUCACAACUACUCAAAGUUGAGAGUUUAUGAAGAACUUCUCCACAAUUGGCAACAGGAAACUCCCUUGGAUGGUGAGAAAUCUCAGGAGAUUUUGCAAAUAGCAGAAAGCUUGGGAAGAUCUCUGUCGCUAGAAACCGGACGAUCAAUGACACUGAUUUGGGAUGCUUUUAGACAAUCAUUUCCAACUUCUGAAUCGGCUUGGAAAAAACUUGAAAAGCUGCUGAGCGUUGCCAAACAGUUCGACAGCAUUGUUGAAAAACAGUUUUCCGACUCAUACGAGUUGAUUGAUCGUUUAAGGGACACGAUCCUAGACCUCAAGACGAGCAUCACUUUUGGCAAGAAUUCUGAUUUUGAAGAUGUUAUUGCAACACUAGAAAGUGGCGUACAUCAGUUAAAUUCUAUUUCAGAACGAUUCUUGAACCAAAGAAAGCAUUACUUCAAAGCAAACUUUGACGCUUUGCUAAGAGUUGUGUGCCACGAUGGCUCUGAUCGCAAUUUAGUGGCUCCAAGAAUAGCUUCAUAUACUUCCCUUUCGACAGAAACUUUGCUGGACAUUAAGGCCAACUCGUACAGUUAUCCAGCGGUUUUUGAUCUUCUAUGGAAUAAGAACGACGGUGUGUUUGAAUCUCUCACAGCGUCUGUGUUUGAUAGCUCAGUGUUAGAUAAGCUUCUUCACAAGGUGGUAGCUUUCAAGCACGUCAGCGGCAGCCAGAUCACUCAAGCCUUAGAGGAUGCGUCAGUUCUUCAACAGAAUCUCGUUCAGUUCUCGCGAUCAGUGAUAGCGGACAAGGUUUGCGCCUACAAAGAAGCUCUCGUCGAAUGGUACAGAAAGCUUGUGUCCCUGCAUGUAGACGUCAAGUCGUCAUCCACAUUAGGUGACAUCCAAUCAUUGGUUUCUCUCUCAGAAGAUGAAUGGUUCAAGACCAUUCAUGAGCGGUUUCUUCUUGCGGCUAUCGCCUCCACUUUAAAUUCCACUUCGCUCGUUUCUCUAGGUAGAGCUUGGAUACUAUUUUCGGUUGGAGCGAUGCAGCUAUUUGCUCCUAACUCUCCAUUUGAUCCUGCUGUGCACGAUUAUGUUCUCUACGAUAACUUCAUGGUCAAGAAGUCUUUGUCGCAAGAGCUGUCUAGAUCAUGGGAAAGCUGUAGAAAUGUGCUAAGUGGAGAUGAUCCCAUGGAAAUGGAAGUUUCAAUUGCCAACGCCUCCGACGUUCAAGCACCUUCAAAACCCAAGGUUUACAGACCUCAAGAAACUAUAGAUCCUCUCUUCGAAGAAUGGGAGGCGUUUAUGAAAUCCACAGUUGGCGCGGAACCUGUUGAAAGACUUCUAAACUCACUUGACAGGUUUGACUCCAUGUCCCACAACCAGCUCAACCUAUUUCAACAAAACUCAUCUCAGUUUCUCGAAAGAUUGAUCUCCAACUACCGAGUUUACUCAGACUUAAAUGAGAUCUUUCGCGGAUACGUUUUGGGUCUGAAAUUUGGUUUUGAUCUCUUCAAACAGGGAAAGGCAGAGGAAACUAAAUCUUUGAGUCUUUCUCCGUUGUGGACAAUAGACGCACUAAUUUUAACAAACCCGCAACAAAUCAACCUUUCAUUUGCUGAAUUGCAAGUCCUUUUCAAGAACAAAACGGUCGCGUCACUGAAUGUAGAGCGCGCUUCUACCUUUUAUCUAAAGCUUUUCAGUUUCCACGGGAAAGAUCUUCGCUUGCUUGACACAUUCGAGAGUGCGUUACAAACAUUGUACUACAGAUGGUCAAUGCGUCGUUUGCACGACGAGAAGGAAGCUAACAGCCAAGUAGGCGUCUACAAGUUUGACGACAGCGAAAUAGAUGUGGAGUCAGAUUUCAGAAAGCUUUUCCCAGACUUCGAAGAUGUUCUUUUUAUCGAUGGAGAGAAGCCGCAGCAAUCUAGCAAUGAAAAUGGACUAGACGAAAUUUAUUUGGAUAUUGCUAAGGCCUAUUUGAACAUUUUCAAUGAUAACGCUCAUCGCGAUUUGCCUGAUGUUGUACGCGAAGGUUCUAAAAUUGCGGACGCACUAGAAGAGUUGGGUGUUGAAUAUAAAAACUGUGCACCAAACUCACGCAACCUAACUUCCGUCCUGAACCUGCUCGCACAGGAGAUAAAGAGCUUUCAAACUCCAAAAAAUGUCGAGUGUCUGGACUUUUAUCGCGAUUCGUCAGUUUUCGAAACCAAGAAAGCGAUAGGCAUAGUAGAAAAACUUUGGAUUUCAGUCAACGAUUUGUUAAAGAGAUGGCCAGAGCAUUCAACACUCAGCGAUUUGUUCAGAGUCUGUAAUGAAUUUAUGGAGUAUCCAGGCUCUACGCCCAUCGCUCGUCUGCUUCAGAAAAUUGAGCAAAUAUUUACAAUUGUGACCGAGUGGGAGAAGUAUGCAUCUGUCACAGUCUCCUUACAGAAUUCUUUGAGAGAUCUUACUGAUCUGGUGGUAUCUUGGAGGAAACUAGAAUUGCGUACAUGGAACAGCUUAUUCGAUUAUGAAGAUCGCUCCAUCAAUAAAACCAUGGGAAAGUGGUGGUUCCACUUGUUCGAGACCAUUAUGGUGACAGUUUCAGAGGUGGAAACUUCAGAUGACAAUUGCUUCCAAGCUAACGCAAAAUUGCUUGUAUCCCUCAAUGUCUUCCUCAGCAAGUGUACUUACGGUGAAUUCAGUAGCCGUCUAGCUUUACUGAAAGCUUUCGCGAAGCAUUCGGUGCUUUCAACCAAGUACAAGUCAAGAACAACACACUCUUUACUCAAUUCAAUUACGUUCUACAACCAAUUUCUUCCAAUCAUCGAAGACAGCAUAAGAGAAGGAAGAAAAAAGUUAGAAAAAGAAGUUUCUGAUGUUAUACUACUUGCCAGUUGGAAGGAUGUGAACAUUGAUGCGCUCAAACAGAGUUCUCAUCGUUCGCACAAUAGUCUUUACAAGUUAGUCAGAAAGUAUCGUGCUAUUCUCUCCCAAGCCGUAUCUUCGAUCAUCGAGGAUGGGCUUCAUGGGACUAAGAGACCAUCUUUUGGACUUGAAUCACUCCGUGCUUCAAGUACUGCCGGUUCCGAUUCUUCUGAAGUAAACGCCGUGGUAUCUACCAUUGCGUCAUGGAAUACCAGACAUUCUUCGUUGAGAAACAUGGAAUUAAGCUCCAGAAACAUGGCCAGUCAUUGCGCUGCGAUAGAAGCUGAAACCUUCCCUGAUUUAACAGUUUUUGCCGAUGAUAUCAAUAGAGAAGCCGAUCGUUUGCGCAAUGAAACUCCAAACGUCUACAACAAAGACGAUAAAAAGCUUUUAGCCGCUUUAAAAGUUCAAAAGGCUAAAGUGCUAAAUGAUACCUUAAAGGAACUCAAAAGGAUGGGCUUAAAAACAGGAUUUAGGGAAGACAUUCGGAAGGUUCAAGAAUCUGUAACAUCAAUAUUGAGUUGUACAGACACUUUUGAAGACAGUCCUCUUCAAGGAUGUGACGCCCAAUACUACAGGAUAUUGGAACUUGCUCCUCGUCUUCGUUUUGUUGCAUCUAGUCCUGCAAAUGAUGCUCCUCUUCCAGCACUUGAAAAGGGAAUGGCCAUUUCGGAAAACCUUCUCUUUUUGUUGAUUACUAGUAGAAGCGCCUUUCGUGAGUUUGCAGACAACUUCACAAAAGUUACGGAACUACGCGAGGAAUUAGAGCAGGUAUCAUGUUCAAAAGACGCUUUGAUGCACAAAUCUCUUGUGAUGGAUUAUGACAUGUUUAUCCACAUCAGCAAGUGGUUGCCAGAGCUCAUGCGCUAUGCUCUCGAGACGCUGGAUUUAACAAGACAAGGUCCAGAAUCCAGCUCUCAAUCCAAGGUUCUCUCAGAUGGUAUUGAAAGGGUGGCGGCAUUUAAGAUACUAGCCAACGACAAGAAAAUAUAUGAUGGCUCAGUGUCUGAUAUCCUGAAAGACUUUGGAAUGUUCUGCGACAAUUUAGUUGUUUCACUUUCGGAAAGUUGCUCUACAAAGACAGCGUUUAUUUCUCAAGCUAUUAUUGAAUGGUUGCAUACACAAAAAUCUUCCAAAAACCCGUCUCAUGAUCUUGAAAAUAGUAACGAGGUCGAAAGCAUCGAUUGCGCUUUCCGCAAAAUCAACACCUCAAUCAUGCUCACGAUACAGAAGCUUUUGGAAGAUCAACCAGUCGAAUUAACUAUGGAAGAUGACAACUGGCUAUUGGCGUCUCAUAAAAGAAUUAUGAAUACAACUAAGAAGGUUAUUUCUGCUAGAGUAACUUCCAACCUGGAAAAUGCCCUUCAAUUGAUAAAGUCCCAAAACUUUUCGAAACAGGAGUCAAAAUUGAUAUCAGCUGUUGUACAGUUUACUAUGCCUAUGAUAUCCAGAUACCACCAAUUGUUAGUGUCGCUGAUUAACAAACAUAAAGUCUAUUAUGAUUCGCUUUCUCAUGGAACAUUCACGCUCGAAUCGAUCCUCUACAACUUAGCCAAAAAUGGGUUCUGUUCUCCCAGCCCCCCAGAUGAAGAGACCGAGAACCAAAAUCUGCAAGACGGAACCGGUCUCGGGGAUGGGGAAGGUGCUCAAAACAAUUCCAAGGACGUAGAAGAGGACGAAGAUCUUCUCGAGGAUGCCCAGAAACCUAACAAGGACCAGAAUAAGGAUGAGGACCAAGACGACAAAGAUGAUGACGCUGUAGAUAUGGAAGGCGAUAUGGCCGGGGACCUUGAAAACGCAAGCGGCGGAGAUGACGAUGAUGAAGAAAAGGACGACAGCGAAGAAGAAGAAGAACUGGACGAAGAGGUAGAUGACCUAGAUGAAGAUGACCCCAAUGCCAUUGACGAAAAAAUGUGGAACGAAGAAGCUCAAGACUCUAAUAAAGAGAAAAAGGCAGACGAAGCUCCACAAAACUCUACGGAAGACGAUGUCCAAGCUGCUGAGGGAGACAACGAUGAGAAGUCCACGAAAGACAACGAAACCAAGGAUGAGCCUGAGAACAGUGACCAUAACGAAGAUGAAAAGGAUAAUGAUCAACAGUCUGGCUCAGAAUCUGAGGAAGAAGAUGAAACUGCCGGUCAAGAUGAUGAAGUCAAGAAUGAUGAUGGAGCAGAACUUGAAAACAAUGUGCCUGAUGUAGAAACAAUGGAUCUACCUGAUGACAUGAACUUGGAUUCUGGCGAUGAAGAAUCUGGAACAAGUGGCAGCGAGGCGGAUAGUGGCGAUGAGUCAGGUGCUGAAGAGCAAGAAGAGACCGACGAGGCCGGCACUAAUAAUGCUCCGGAAGAAGAUCAAGAUAUUUCGCUCGAGGAUGACGAGGACAACGCAGUGGACGACGCGCUUGAUGGGUCUGAAAACUCCAAUGAUGAUGAUGAUGCCGAGGAAAAUUCCGAAACUGCGAAUCAAGAAGAGAACGUUGAAAACUUAGAUUCGGACCACGAACUUGCAGACGACGAUGCUGCAACCGGAGAGGAUAAGCAAGACGAGGAAAAUGAUCUCAAAGAAAAAGGAGGAGAGGAAAACUCGGAAGACAAAUUGGAAGGUUUGGACGGAGCGGAUGACAUGAUGGAUAUUGAUAAUGAUGACUUUGAGUCGACUGUUCAACAACAGAGUGGUUCUCGAGGGCAAGGUGCUGAUGCUACCAACGACGAAGAGGAAGAAGAAAACAUUGGUAGCUUCGGAAAUGCUCAACAAGAGCAACAAGAAAAGUCUGAAGAAGACGUAAAUGAAAGUUCUCGUCAAGAAGCUAAAGAAAGUUUGAAACAACUAGGUGACAGCCUUAAGGAAUUCCAUAGGCGUCACCAAGAAAUCAACGAAGCGUCUAAUAGAGAUGAGGAUACGCAAGAAGACUCUACUGCUAAUGAGCGACCUGAUGAGUUUGAGCAUGUUGAUGGUGCUAAGACUGACACUGAUACACAAGCGCUCGGCUCCGCCAGCAAAGACAAUACCACUGCGAUUGACGAGGACAAGGCAAUUGAUGACGAUAUCGACAUGGACGAUAUUGAGAAUGAAAAUAAUAAGCCGGAGGAGCUUGAAGGUGAAGAUGAAGCAAACCUUACAGAAGAGCAACGUCCCGCUGAACAGCCUCAAGAUCGAGACAGCCAAGGCAAGAGCAAAGGAACUGUGUCAGAGGAACGUAGCGACAUCGGCGAACAGAAUCCAUUUACUAAUUCUGAUGUAUUCGAUGCGCAUGAAAACGAUCUCGAUGAAAUAAUCGAUGCUAUUGAUCAAAAGGUUACAAUUGAAGAGUCCACCGCGGAACCUCCCAGAUCAUUGGAAGAGGCCCGCCAACUUUGGAGAAAGAGUGAAACUGAAACUGCUGAGUUAUCGGCUAUGCUUGGAGAACAGUUGCGCCUCAUUUUAGAGCCAACUUUAGCUACCAAAUUAAAAGGUGACUACAAGACCGGAAAAAGGCUAAACAUGAAGAGAAUCAUUCCCUACAUUGCUUCCCAAUUCCGAAAGGAUAAGAUUUGGUUGAGACGGACGAAACCAAGUAAGCGUCAAUACCAAAUAAUGAUUGCUGUGGACGACUCAAAGUCCAUGAGCGAGUCAAAAUCUGUGGACCUAGCUUUCCAAAGUAUUUGCCUAGUCUCAAAAGCUCUUACUCAAUUAGAGUCUGGUGGAUUAUCGAUCGUUAAGUUCGGAGAUACUACUCAAGAAGUUCACCAAUUUGACAAGCCUUUCAGCGUUGAUUCUGGUGCUAAGAUUUUCCAGUGGUUUGAUUUUCAAGAGACGCGCACCGACGUAAAGAAGCUGGUCGCGGAAUCGAUUCGUAUAUUCGAUCGUGGCCGCUCAUUUAACAACGCCGACUUGUGGCAGCUUCAGAUUAUCAUAUCUGAUGGUGUUUGUGAAGAUCACGACACAAUCCAGAGGUUAGUACGCCGUGCCCGGGAAAACAAAAUCAUGCUUGUUUUUGUCAUUGUCGAUGGUAUCAACUCAUCAGAAUCAAUAAUGGACAUGAGCCAGGUCAAAUAUGUGCCUGAUAAAUUCGGAAACGUGCAGCUCAAAGUCGAAAAAUACCUUGAUACAUUUCCGUUCGAAUUUUACGUGGUGGUCCACGACAUUUCAGAGCUGCCAGAGAUGCUUUCUGUCAUUCUCCGUCAAUAUUUCUCAGAACUCGCUUCCACUUAA